AUGGAUUGGAGAGCGCUCGCAAAGCAAAAGCGCGAAUCAACCAUCGCCCAGAUUCCUAAAGAAUGGGUGCUCCCCACCAUUCCCCCCCCCGCAGAACAACGGGAUAUAUCUGGCGUGUGGAUGCACCAAUAUCUGACACCGGAAGAAAUCGAAAUCACCUCGAGCGAUGCCGAGAAGGUCGUGGAAUUGGCGUCUGCGGGACGGUGGAAGGCGGUCGAUAUCGCAAGCGCGUUCUGUCAUCGAGCCGCGAUUGCGCAUCAAGUGCUUAACUGCCUCCAUGAGUUCUUCCCCCAGCAAGCCCUCGAGGCGGCUCGCGCCCUCGAUGAGCAUCUUACCUCGACCGGGAAACCAAAGGGAGUCUUACAUGGUCUACCAGUCAGUCUCAAGGACCAAUUCCACGUUAAAGGGGUUGAGACGACGAUGGGAUAUCUCGGCUGGAUCGGGACGUUCGAAGGGAAGAAAGGCACGGGAAAAGAGCGCGUGCACGAAAGCCUCAUGGUGAAAGAUCUGAAGGAUCUAGGCGCGGUCUUGUACUGCAAGACUGCGGUUCCUUCUACUCUUAUGUCUGGCGAGACCGUCAAUAACAUUAUCGAUUACUGCUGGAACUCGGCGAACCGAAACCUGAGUUCUGGCGGUAGCUCAGGGGGUGAAGGCGCGCUCAUCGGCGCGGGUGGGAGCGUCGUUGGGUUCGGCACUGAUAUCGGCGGCAGUAUCCGAAUCCCGGCGGCGUUCAAUGGCCUAUAUGGGUUGCGGCCGAGCUCGGGGAGACUUCCCUAUGAAGGGAUGGCGAACAGCAUGGAUGGGCAGAACAGCAUCCUGAGCGUGGUUGGCCCGCUGUCUUCAACCCCUGGAGGCUUGAAAUUGGUGACAAAGGCGUUGUUGGGGAUGCAGCCGUGGAGUUACGAUCCCAUGGUUGUGGAACUGCCGUGGAGAGAGGAAGUGGGAGAGCAAGUGUCUCGACGCGCCACAGAGGAUGGGGGUCUCACCUUCGCGAUUUUUUGGGACGAUGGAGAAAUCAGACCUUACCCAUCAGUGCGUAGGGCUCUUGAGAAGGUGAAAGCGGAGAUUGAAAAGAAGGGCCAUCAAGUCAUUGAAUGGAGUCCACCCAAAUCUAUCGGGGCGAUAAGUGACAUAGCGAUGGGAGUAUUCAUGUCAGAUGGCGGAGUGGAUGCCUACAAUGCUUUCGCACUGGCCCACGAGGAACCGGCCCCCCAACUUGCCCCAAUCGUCCCAACCACCCCCCGAACGCAGGCGACCGCCUCCGAGGUUGCAGCUAUGAACGUCACAAUUCGGGAGUUGCGCAAGGAGCUCAUGGAUUACUGGAACAGCACCGUGUCGCUCACGAAGAACGGACGGCCCAUCGACGCCAUCAUCAGUCCCGUGUCUCCGUAUCCUGCGGCGCGGAGAGAGAUGUACACGCAUUACGCGUACACGUCGUGGGUCAACGCCCUGGAUUGGACCACCGUCGUCAUCCCGGUGCUGAGAACAGAUAAGGCGGUGGAUGUGGUCGAUCCUUCAUUCACUCCGCGCAGCGAGGCGGAGAAGUUGGAAUUCGAAAAUUACGACCUGGAUAUGUAUGACGGGGCGAAGGUUGGGGUUCAGUUGGUUGGACGCCGUCUGCAGGAGGAGAAGAUGAUCGAAAUCGCAGCGCAGGUGUCGCGUUGGGUGAAGUCGGCCUCGGAAUGA